GCAGCAGGCAAACAAGGACGGUGUCCCUUCUAUGAUAUAAAAGUAAUGUAAUUAACAGCUUUCAAAGAUAUUUAGUGACAUUCUCUUUUUCUUUCUUUCUUCCUUUUCUUCCUUUUAUACAGUUAACCACGACCCUAUCACAUGGACCUUGCAACGUAUCAACAUCAACAUCAUCAUCAUCAUCGUCAGCAGCAACAGCAGCAGCAACUACAGCACCGCGAGUUGAAAACCAACACCACCAAAACAUUCGAGGAUAUCCCCAGAGAAAUCCUGCACCUGGUCUUCAUUUGGCUCACAGGCACGGAUAUCGCGAAUAUCGGCAAGAGCAGUCGAACGCUACAAUUGCUGGUCCAAGAUGACUAUUUGUGGAGUGUCAUGACCAAAGUACGAUUUCCUCGAAUCUAUAAAGAAACGCUACAAGAAAUAAACGAUUGUCGAAACGAUCAGAGCGGCAAUGACAGCAACAGUAGUAUGAGUGCGAUCUGUUGGCGCGAUAUAUAUAUGGCUAAAGACGAGAGCCGAUUGUCUGCUGCCAAGAAUAUGCACAUCACACACAUCAAACUGCCCUAUUGGCGAAUCGUUCAUACGAACGAAAGCAUCUAUGGCGCAACGGCCAAGUUGCAUUCUGUGUGCUGGUUCGAUGUGAAUGGAGUCAUUGAAGGUGUUCCGCCAGGCCGAUACCGAGUCCAGUGGCGGAUGCGAUUAUCCCUCUCAGCACGAUGGAACGAGCCAUUGGACUUCACUGCGUCCGUUAUCCCAAAAAAGAAAAUGUCAGCAAAAGAAGAACAAAAGAAGAAGGAGGAGGAGGAGGAGGCUGUGUUGUCCUACACGACGCCACCUGAAUUUUAUGCUCGAGAGGAUGUGGUUACGAAUACGUGGAUUCUAGUGACAAUGCCUGGUGAAAUUGAUAUCAAGGGAGGAUGGGGAUUCACUGACGUCCGUGUCUCGCAUGAAAAGAGGACAGAUUUUUGGAAAUCAGGCAUUGAACUCGAUUGGGUGCGGCUGCAACCUGCAGGUGAAGCUGCGGGCGAGGGUUUGCUGGUUGAUUAUGAAAGCCGGCACACAUUCUAUUGGCGAACAAGCCAUGGCAUGCGUACUUCGUCAUCAUCCCACGAUUUGACAGCCGAAGGCACUGUUCAAAAUAACAACGGUAUGUGGUCGUCGUCCUGGUGUGGUGAUAGUGACAGUGGUAGCGUAGAUGAUUUCUGGAUGCUAGAUUGAUUCUUCCCUUUUCUUUGUCCGGUUUGUACUUGCACACAACAACUUACUACUAUUCAUUACUCAUAAUCUGUAUCCCUACCUACCUACAUCCCCU